AUGCUGUAUGAAUACCAGAGAUCUCCAGAUGCCACCUCACUCGAGACGAUUGCCACCACCAUGAGCAGAUGUGGCCAGCUCAACGUCACCUUUUCUCAGGCACUUCAGGUACUCGAACGGAUGAUCGAUGAGGGGAGUCGCUUCGCCAACUUGGAAAAAGUUAUAGGCUCUGGUGCGGUGUUCCUCUUGUGUCAUCCUGGCUCUGAUGCUCUAGGAACAAGAUUGCUUCCAAAGAGUGGACCAAAGUUCGAUGCAGUUGUCGAGGAACUUCGGAUCGCAGGAGUGGAAGAGAAGGCGGCUGAGUAUGCCGAUUUGCGCAAGCUGGUUAUCACCUGGUACCAUGAUCAUGUCCUGAACGACAGUCGCGCGAGCGAUGCAAGCAUAACAGCGACUCCUCCUCCCUCAAGCACCUAUACAGGUACUGAUAGAACGAAUCUCCUUGCCGACGUCGCCAACAGCCCAUUCCACCAUGACCCGUUUCUCUCCAGGAGUUAUUCUCCUUCGCUAUUUAGCAGCUCUGGCAACGAUUGA